AUGUCACGUCGUGGAGAGCUACCAUGGUCGAUUGAAGCAGUGGGAAUUGUUCAACGAGCAACCCAGUUUAAAUUAUUGCUCAACAUUAUAAAGGAACUAGUCAAACUAGCAACUGAUCAGGGUAACAGUAAUGAUAAGGGUAACAACAGUGAACAGGGUAACAGCAGUGAUCAGGGUAACACCAGUGAACAGGGUAACACCAGUGAUCAGGGUAACACCAGAGAUCAGGGUAACAGCAGUGAACACGGUAACACCAGUGACCAGGAUAACACCAGAGCUCAGGGUUACACCAGUGACCAAGAUAACACCAGUGACCAAGAUAACACCAGAGAUCAAGAUAACACCAGAGAUCAGGGUAACACCAGUGACCAAGAUAACACCAGAGAUCAGGGUUACACCAGUGACCAAGAUAACAACAGUGACCAAGAUAACACCAGUGAUAAGGGUAACACCAGUGAUCAGGGUAACACCAGAGAUCAGGGUAACACCAGUGACCAGGAUAACACCAGUGACCAAGAUAACACCAGUGAUAAGGGUAACACUGAGAUCAGGGUAACACCAGUGACCAGGAUAACAGCAGUGACCAGGAUAACAGUGAGAUCAGGGUAA